UAGUAACAAGUAAAUCCUUAUAUGUAAAGUAAAAAGUCUCGAGAUUCUGGGGGAUAAGGAUAAAGGCCAACCGCAAGGUCUGAGAUAACCCAGAAAGCACUAUCAACUUUGUAAGCCUACUUGGGUAUUGAGCAUUUAUUUAACUUAUAAGAACAGAAUCUCUUGUAAUGGAUAGUUGUAACUCCGGAAAAGAGACUCUGCUAUAUUUUUUCAUACGUAGAAUCUUCAUAUUCAUAUAUGUUAUGUGUGUAUAACAUAUAAAUUUUUUAGAUAGAUACGUUUGAUUCGUGCUUGAGCCGGAUGAUGAAAAAUUAUCAUGUCCGGUUCUUUUGGAGGAUGGAUCUAUAAGAAUUCACCUAUCCUAAUAACAAAAAAACCUGAGUUGAAUGAUCCUGUAUUAAGAGCUAAAUUGGCUAAAGGAAUGGGUCAUAAUUAUUAUGGAGAACCCGCAUGGCCCAACGAUCUUUUAUAUAUUUUUCCAGUAGUAAUUCUAGGUACUAUUGCUUGUAACGUAGGCUUAGCGGUUCUAGAACCAUCAAUGAUUAGGGAACCUGCGGAUCCAUUUGCAACUCCUUUGGAAAUAUUGCCUGAAUGGUAUUUCUUUCCCGUAUUUCAAAUACUUCGUACAGUGCUUAAUAAGUUAUUGGGUGUUCUUUUAAUGGUUUCGGUACCGGCGGGAUUAUUAACAGUACCCUUUUUGGAGAAUGUUAAUAAAUUCCAAAACCCAUUUCGUCGUCCAGUAGCGACAACCGUCUUUUUGAUUGGUAUUGCAGUAGCCCUUUGGUUGGGUAUUGGAGCAACAUUACCUAUUGAGAAAUCCCUAACUUUAGGUGUUUUUUAAAUUGAUUCAAU